UGUCAAUAUUAUUUCGUACACAUUGUGCAAUUUUAAAGUUAACUUUAUCGUGUAAAUUUUUUGAUAUCGCUAAUAAGAUUCUUAUUUAAUAACAAGUUGAUCACUAUUUAAACAGAAAUUUUGAAGUGUUAAUAAAAAUGAGGCUGGUAGAUACAACGAAACUUUUGGAAUUACAAAAUAAACCUUCAAAUGUGCGAAACAUUUGCAUCGUAGCACACGUGGACCAUGGGAAGACAACCCUGGCGGAUUCCUUAAUAUCUAGUAAUGGCAUAAUUUCCCAGAGAAUGUCGGGAAAGCUUCGUUACAUGGACAGUAGACCCGAUGAACAGGAAAGAGGUAUUACUAUGAAAAGUAGCAGCAUUUCUCUAUACCAUGUUUUAGAGAAAGAAGAAUACCUUGUAAAUCUGAUAGACUCACCUGGGCAUAUAGAUUUUUCUAGUGAAGUGUCUACAGCGGUGAGAUUAUGUGAUGGAGCCAUUGUUGUGGUGGAUGUUGUUGAAGGUGUUUGCCCGCAAACAAGAUUAGCUCUGAAACAAGCAUACUCGGAGAACAUUAAAGCAGUACUUGUGUUGAACAAAAUAGAUAGACUUAUAUUAGAAAUGAAAAUGAAUGCACUUGACGCUUAUGUUCAUAUAGGUCAAGUACUGGAACAAGUUAAUGCUAUAAUGGGGGAAUUGUUUGCAUCUGAUGUAUUGAAAACUGAAGAGAACAUGAUUGAUAAAAAGCAACAAGGUGAUUCUGCAACAGUGCAAUCGGAGGACAAUAAUUAUUAUGAUUGGACAUCUGCUUUAGAAGAUGCAGAUGAUUCUACUCUAUAUUUUUCACCAGAACAAGGAAAUGUUGUGUUUGCAAGUGCCAUUGAUGGAUGGGGUUUUACUAUACAUACAUUUGCUAAAUUAUUUUCAAAUAAACUCGGUGUUAAGGAAGAUAUUCUUAAAAAAGUGUUAUGGGGUGAUUAUUAUUUGAAUCCCAAAACGAAACGUUUUAUGAAAGGAGCUCAGGAGAAAGCAAAGAAGCCAUUAUUUGUACAGGUUAUUUUUGAUAACUUAUGGAAUGUUUAUGAAACUAUUGUUAUGAGGAAUGAGAAAGAUAAGGUUCCCGUUAUUUGUGAAAAAUUAAAUAUUAAACUUACAACUCGUGACCUGAGACAUACAGACAGUAGAAUUCAACUACAAUCAUUAAUGAUGCAAUGGCUACCAUUGUCUACUGUAGUAUUGAACAUGGUGUGUAAAAUGUUACCAUCACCAAAAGAAAUAUUACCCGAAAGGGUAGAGAAACUAAUGUGCUCCCCUAUAAGGGACUUUGAUUCGUAUAGUUUGGAUACGAAAAAUCUUAAAGGUGACUUUUUAGCCUGUGAUAGUAGUGACGAUAGACCUGUGAUUAUUUUUGUAUCGAAAAUGUUUAGUGUGGACAAAAAUGUUUUGCCCGAAAAUAAACCAAGGGCGUUAACUUUAGAAGAAAUGGCAGCGAGAAGAGAACGAGCAAGACAGAUAAGACAAGAGAAACAGAACACAACAGAUUUAGAAACAGUUAAUGAGAACGAAACUAAACUUGAUAAUGAUUUAGAAAAAUGUGUUGAAGACGAGAGUGAAAAGGAAAAUAAAGACCAACCAGCAUUUAUAGCUUUUGCUAGAAUUUUUAGUGGUAAAAUAAAAAAAGGUGGCACUGUUUAUGUGUUGGGUCCUAAACAUGAUCCUAACAAAGUUCUUAAUUUGAUAGACUUGAAAAUCGAUGCCAAUAAGAAACUAAAAGACUUACAAAGUGAUGAACAUAUUACUGUUGCUCAAGUAAAAUCAUUGUAUAUUUUAAUGGGAAGAGAAUUGGAAGAAAUCGAUGAAGGAGUUGCAGGAAAUAUAGUAGGUAUAGGUGGAUUAGAUGAAUACGUACUUAAAACAGCAACAUUAAGCAGUACAAUCGCAUGUCCUGCUUUCUGUGAGAUCCAGUACGCAGCCGUGCCGAUACUUAGAGUCGCCGUAGAACCUGCGUAUCCUAACCAACUACCUCAACUUGUCAAAGGCUUAAAACUUCUAAACCAAUCAGACCCGUGUGUACAAGUGCUUCUUCAAGAAUCUGGCGAGCACGUAUUAGUGACAGCUGGCGAAGUACAUCUGCAGAGAUGUUUAGAAGACUUGAAGAAUAUUUAUGCGAAAAUUCCACUAUCCGUCUCAGAACCUAUUGUACCGUUCAGAGAGACGAUAGUUGAACCGCCAAAAAUAGAUAUGGCAAACGAAGAAAUAGAUUCACAAAAUGUAAACAAAGGAAAUGAAACAAUAAGUGAUCCAUACAUUACUAUGUAUACCAGUAACAAACAAAGUAAAAUAAAAAUAAGAGCGAAACCAUUGCCGAAAGAAAUAACAGCUUUGUUGGAUAAAUCGACUGAUUUAUUGAAAGCAAUCUCUCAACAUAUAAAGUCUUUACAAGGCGUUUCAAAAAAUGACAAUUUAGAGAACAAAUUGGAAAGAAUACAAAUCAACGGAACGAAACAUACGCUGUCGGAACGAAUGAUGAAGCUAAUUGAAAUAUUCAAAUCCGAGCUACAAACAAUCUGUUCGAAACUUGGCCCUGAAUGGGAAAAUGUAGUGGAACAAAUAUGGUCAGUCGGUCCUAGAAAUUGUGGUGCCAAUCUACUUCUGAAUCAAACGAAUGAUUACAAAACGAAGUUUUUACUUCACGAAAAAGAUAUAAAAGAGGAUCCCAGAUUUGAAUUCGAGGGCAGUUUUGUAAAUGGAUUCCAAUUGGCCACACUCGCGGGUCCAUUGUGCGAGGAGCCAAUGAUGGGUGUUGCUUUUUGUGUCGAGGAAUGGACUUUAGAGAAAAACGAGCAAGAUGACGUUAAUCAUACAUUUGGACCACUUUCAGGUCAAAUAAUAUCAGCUGUGAAAGAAGCCUGUCGCCGCGCGUUCCAGAUGCAACCGCAGCGGAUAAUGGCCGCCAUGUACUCGUGUGACAUCGUCGUAGAUCAGAAAGUGUUGGGUAAGUUGUACGGCGCGCUGGGGCGGCGCGGAGGACGCGUGGUGGGCGGCGACCUGCAGAGUGGUUCAGCGGCCUUCCGCGUGGCGGCGCUGCUGCCCGUCGCUGAGAGCUUUCGGUUCGCCAUCGAUCUGCGCACGCACACCUCCGGCCUCGCCGCGCCGCAGCUACUCUUCAGCCAUUGGGAGGUGAUCAAUAUAGAUCCGUUCUGGCAGCCGCGUACUGAGGAGGAGUACCUGCACUGGGGAGAGAAGUGGGACGGCGUCAACCGCGCCAAGGCGUACGUGGACGCGGUGCGCGCGCGCAAAGGACUCGCCACCGACAGACAGUUAGUCUUACACGCAGAGAAGCAGCGGACGCUCUCCAAAAAGAAAUAACAUACAAGAAAGAUUUGAUGUAUCAUAAUUUUGCCCUUGUACCAUUACACAGGUGAUUUUAACGGACGGAUUACAAGCUUAAUGGAGGUAGAAGACCUCAAUAGAAUCUUUUAAGCGCAGUGUUUUACCGAUUUUCU